CCUUGUUUCCAUCAACUAUUUCGAUUCACUCCAAUCUCUUCAUUUCUCCAACAUCUUCGUCUUCAAUCGUUUGUCCUUAAUCAUCAAUGUCACAAGCUAGUUACAUGUCGACCUCUAGCUGUGCGUCACGAAGAAGAGAAGUACGUUGCUUCUGUGACCUUGACUCACCUCUCACUACUUCAUGGACGACUGGGAAUCCUGGGAGGAGGUUUAAUGGGUGUGGGUUAUUCAAGUUGCAGGGAAGAAAGGGAUGUGAUUUCUUUAGUUGGUAUGAUGUUGAAAUGUCCGUUCGUGCAAAGGAGGUUAUUUUGUCGCUAAUGAAGAAAAUUGAUGAACAUAAGCAGAAGGACAAUGCAAAGUUGAAACAAGAUGAGGAUUUGAGGAAGAAACUAAAGUUUUGGCAAGGAAUGUUUGUUGCAUCUGUUGUGGUCAUAAUAGGAUUGUUUUGUUUUGUCAACUUCAAGAAUUGAAGAAUGUGAUGAAAUUAGUUGUUAUGUUUAGGAGGUUAUUUUGUCUUCUUUGUUAGGUAUUAUGUAAGAAUGUCUG